CGCACCCUCUCUCCGUAUUCUAUCCCACGCACUCUCUUUUCCACUCUCUGUGAAAACCCACUUAUUUUUGCGCUUUUUUUCUUGGAGAGGCCUUCAUACGCCAAAUUCACGCUUUCUCUUUCUAUCCCAAGUUGGGUCCUUACUAUAACCUCCUCUCUUUCUAGCAAUCCAUGAAGCAGUUGAUCCGCCGCCUCUCACGAGUCGCCGACUCCUCUCAGUACAGCCUUCUGCGUUCUGACUCGCAAUCCCGCAGAUGUUCAGCGGCCUCGAGAUCGACGCACCGAGCGGAGUCUUUUCGUUGCUUAGUUAAGCCAGCCAGGAGAGCUGGUGGAGGCAAGUCAUCGGUGCCUGAAGGUCAUGUGCCUGUGUACGUCGGAGACGAGAUGGAGCGGUUUGUGGUGAGCGCGGAGCUACUUAACCACCCGAUCUUCAUCGGACUUCUUAACAAGUCUGCUCAGGAAUAUGGCUACGACCAAAAAGGAGUGUUGAGAAUUCCCUGUCACGUACUGGUUUUUGAAAGAAUCAUGGAAGCGCUUCGUCUCGGCCUUGAAUCACGUGACCUGGAAGAUCUUCAGGGUUCAUUGUUCACUGAUGACUACUUCUAGAUUAGACCUUUUUUUCCGAAAGAUCCUUGAGAUAUAUUGAGGGAGAAAAAUCUAGAGAUCUUUUAGUUUUGUUUUUUCGGGUGUAAAUAUGCUUUUUGUCACCUGAAGCUUAAAGGAGUUUUUCUUAUUUUUCAGGGCUUUUGUUUUUCUUCUGUAAAAAUCAGGGCCUGAAGUUUCCAUGAAAAUAUACAUACUAAUGCCUGUGUUUUUUGCCCUAA